AUGAAGGGAAUAGCCGUAACUUUGCUGGUGGUUCUAGCCAUGGCUACUUUCGUGGCGAGGCCAAGUGAGGCGGCCAUCACUUGUGGCCAAGUACAGGCUUCGCUCUCCCAGUGCAUUGGCUAUCUGAUGCAAGGUGGUACUCCAUCGGCAGAAUGUUGUGCCGGAGUGAAGAGUUUGAAGGACUUGACACAGAGCCAAUCUGACAGACAAGCUGCUUGUGAAUGUCUUAAAAAAGCUGCUGCAGAUCACCCCAACAUUAAGCCUGAUGCUGCCUCUGAUCUCCCCAAAAAGUGUGGUGUCCCAAGCAGUGUUCCAAUCUCUCCCACUGUCAACUGCCAAAACGUUGCUUGA